AUGGCUGAGCACCCUUCUUUCACUCUCGCUGCCCUCUUGGCUGCUGGCGGCACUGCCGGCUACAUGCGCACGCGCUCUACUCCUUCUCUCGUGGCUGGUGUUGGACUGGGUGUUUCGUAUGCCUAUGCUGGAUACCUUCUCAAGAACAAUAAGGACUACGGUUCUGAGCUUGCCCUGGCAAACAGUGUCCUCUUGACUGGAUCUGCCGUUCCGAGAAUCAUCAAGACUGGUGGCCGAGCACCUGUUCCUAUUAUUCUCGGUGCAGUAGGCGGACUUGCUACGUACUACUACCAGAAGAAAUUCCGCGAGUUCCGAUAUGGUGUUUAG